GCCGCGGGCGGGCUCGGGACUGGCCCGUCCAGCGAGCGAGCGCGCCCCGGGCGGGCCAUGGGCCCCCGCAGCUCCAAGGGCCCCGAGGCGCGCCAGGCGCGGGUGCUGCUGUUGGGGCUGGACCUGGCGGGCAAGUCGGCGCUGCUGUACCGGCUGGCGCGGGCGCAGCGCGCGGCCACGCUGCCCACCGUGGGCUUCAACGUGGAGACGCUGGAGUGGGCCGGCGGCCUGCAGCUGACCCUGUGGGACGUGGGCGGCCAGGAGAAGAUGCGGCGCGCCUGGGACUGCUUCUGCGAGGGCGCAGACGGGCUGCUCUACGUGGUGGACUGCGCUGACCCGCAGCGCCUGGACGCGUCGCGGCGCGCCCUGGAGAGCGUCCUGCAGAGCGAGCACCUCCGCCACGUGCCCCUGGUGCUGCUGGCCAACAAGCAGGACGUGCCCGGCGCGCUGGGCGCCGAGGACAUCACCCGCCGCUUCCGCGUGCACAAGCUGUGCGCCGACCGCAGCUGGUACGUGCAGCCCUGCAGCGCCGUCACCGGGGACGGGCUGGCCCAGGGCCUGCAGAAGCUGGUGGCCUUCGUGAAGAGCCGCCGGAAGGCCCGCGGCGCGCUCGCCUUCUUCAGGCCCACCUGAGGGGCCCCGGGGAGCGGGGAGAGAGGCGGGACGUGGCCUGGGCCCAGGUCCCCGCGGCGCCAGGUCACCGGGACCCAGCGUGGCCGCCCUGGUACCGCCCAACGCAUCACUCCGGGGCAGGCGCUCGGCGAGCAACGUGGACACAACUCAGAGGAAACCUUGGCCGCCGGGUGUGGGGUUCGUGACUCGGCAGAACCAUCCCUGGGAACACACCUGGGGCCUUUUCAAUCAUGAUCAGCUGCUGCUGCUGCUCUGGCACUCCCGGCGGUGCCCAGUGCGGACUCCUGGCUCUGUGCUCAGGCGUCACCGUGGAAGGGACUCAGGGGGUGACCCUGUGGGGUUCUGGCUGCGUCCAAGGCGAGCGCCCACCCGCAGGCUUCCUCUUUCUCCUGCCUCUACACAAUGUGCUCUGACCCCAGCACGAACACCGCGUGACGCACUGCCGGCACAGAGAGGGGACUCUUUGGUGUCCGCCCUGGCUCCUGGGCCGGCUGUGAGG